AUGUUUUCAUCAUCUGUCUCAAAACGUACUGUUUUGGUCUCGAUCUUGGCCGUAGUGGCCUUACAACUCUUCUUUAUACGCAGUGUUACAUCUGUAAACGAGACCAAUGCGUAUCUAUACCACAAAUGCUUCGAGAAGGAUGGAAAAUAUAAACCAAAGAGUUUAUACGAGGAAAACAUCAACUUUCUCAUCUCCAACGUUUGGAAAAAUGCUUCUGUAAAAGAUUACAUCUAUGGCAUUGAGGGUGAACGUCCUAACACCGCCUACCUCGCUAUCCAAUGCCGUGGUGACUCUUACGGCUCCAAGUGUGAUACAUGCCGCGCCACUGCCUACUCCGAGCUACGUAAAAGGUGUCCGAUGAACAAGGGGGCAAUCAUAUGGUUUGACCGAUGUCUUCUCAAGAUUUCUCCGAACACUUUCCAGAAAAAGGUGGAUCUCAAGAACAAGUUCUAUAUGUAUAAUAACAGGAAGAAAGUGAGAGAUCCGGUGUCGUUUAACGCUAAGACAAAGACUCUUCUCACCAAGCUGAAGAAGGAAGCCACUCGUGGUGGUCCAGAGAGGGAAUUUGAAGUGUAUUGGUUAUACGAGCAAGCGGAUAUGAAGCUAGACGGGAAGAUGAAGCUAUACGGAAUGGUGCAGUGCACGCGAGACAUAGGGCAGAAAGGUUGUGAGAAAUGUUUGGAUACGAUUAUUGGGGAGCUUCCUAAUUGUUGUGAUGGUAAAGAAGGAGGAAGAGUAGUGAGUGGGAGUUGUAACUUUAGGUAUGAGAUUUACCCUUUUCUUGACACUAAAAGAUGAGAGCUCCAUGUUUUUUUGUGU